AUGAAGUUCUCCCAAAUACGGUCUCCGGCUGCCGCGGCCCUCCUGCUUGCUGCGCCAGCGGCAUCGUGGCUGGACUGCAAGAAAAUCGUGGCCUCGGAGCGGAAGUUUGACCUGUCGCCCCUGGGUGGCCCCCACUCGGUGACCAUCAGCCAGCCGGUCGGUCCCAACUUCCACAACACAACCUUCACGACCGACAUCUGCCGCGGCCUGAAGCGCAAGGACGACGUUAGCAAGACAGAGCAGUGCCCCCACAGCACGCGUGUCUGCGCCAUAGAGCGUAUCGUCGGUAAACGUGGCGAAGACAAGUUCGAUGAUUUCAACGAGGCGUGGGCGAUAGCCGGCGAGCUGGCGCAGUAUGGUGGUGGACCCCUGGACAACGAGGCUGUUUACUUGCCGACCAGCGACUCCAACUCGGAUGCCGAGAAGGAUGGUGUGAGAAUUAUCAUCAAGGGUGGUUGGCAUACCGGGAGUAAUGGACAAAAGAGACAACAGAGGGCGAUCAUCGAGUUCGUCUGUGAUGCCGAGCUGGAAGGCACCGAGGGUGAAUGGAAAGCCGAGGAUGAAUAUAUCCCGGGCGAUGAUGACACGCCGACAGAACGAAGGAGUUUGACGGGCCUGGAGCUCCUCGACGCCGCUGACGAGGAUGGCGGCGAGAAGGAAGGCGACGGUGGUGACAAGGUCAACAAGCCGGUACAACUGGGCGACAACGCAAACCAGGCACUCGUUUUCAACUCAUACGGCCCGCUAGAUUCCGAUACGAACGUCGAUAUACUACGGCUGACAUGGAAGACGAAGCAUGCAUGCCAAAAGCGUGAUGGUGAUAAGGGCGGCGAGGGAGGAAGGCCAGGGGAUGGCAAGCCAAGCGAGCACUGGGGCUUUUUCACUUGGAUUGUUAUUAUUGGCUUUCUUGGUACAGCUUCGUACCUCAUCUUCGGUUCAUGGCUCAACUACAACCGGUAUGGAGCACGCGGCUGGGAUUUGCUACCUCACGGUGACACGAUCCGCGAUAUUCCCUACCUCAUGAAGGACUGGGGCAGGCGGGUUAUGAGCACAGUUCAAGGCAGUGGCGGCCGCGGCGGAUACGCUGCUGUAUGA